AUGCACAGUUUUCCCAGUAUUUUUGAUAGUUAUUUCAGGAUUGGUCGUAAAAAAGUGUUUCUCAUUGCCAUCUUCCUGCAAAUCGUAUGUGGCUUCGCCGUUGUCGUGGUUCCCACAUGGUGGUUGUUUGCUCUUUUCCGCGCUGGGCUUGGUUUUUCACACCCUGGUAUCUUUGUCAUCGCGGUUGUUAUUGGCGCGGAGCUGGUCGGUCCAAGAUAUAGGAAAUUGGCAGCUGUUAUUACUGGUGGAUUCUUUGCUAUUGGACAAGUUUUACUAGGUAUUGAAGGAUAUUUUCUUACGGAUUACCGGUAUUUGCAAUUAGCAAUCGUUUCACCUGCUCUCAUCUUUCUCAGCUAUUAUUGGCUGGUACCAGAGAGUGCUCGAUGGCUGGUAACUCAGCGACGUUUUGAUGAUGCUGAUAAGGUGCUUCGGAAGGCUGCAAAAAUGAAUGGAGAAGUUCUGCCUGAGAAAUGGUGGGAGCAACUCGACUCAGAGCAAGAUUCUAAUCGCGCAAAAACCACGAAGAAGUACAAAUUGUGGGAUCUCAUGAAGACUCCGGUAUUACGGAAACGUACGCUUGUGGCAUUUUACCUAUGGCCCGUUGUCUCUAUGGUGUAUUACGGUAUGGCAAUGAAACCGAAUGCCCUCGGCGGUGAUAUUUAUAUCAACUUCAUUUUCUCAGCUCUUGUCGAGAUACCUGCAUUAUUUAUUGUGUAUUUGUUGAUCGAUAGGGCCGGUCGUCGCAUAGUUCUUAGUGGAGGUUAUUUUCUUGCCGGCUUCUGCUUGCUGAUGAAUUAUUUUAUGGGCGACAGCGCGACACCGAUGAUAGCGAUUAUCCAGAUGAUGGUCACGAAAGGUGCUAUCACCGGCGUUUAUGCGUCCAUCUACACCUAUUCGCCAGAACUGUUCCCUACGGUGAUCCGAAACACUGCGAUGGGCUGCUGCAGUACAAUCGCUCGUAUUGGAGCGAUUUCGGCCAGCUAUAUCAGCCUGUGGAUUGUCACGACACCGAUGAUAGCGAUUAUCCAGAUGAUGGUCACGAAAGGUGCUAUCACCGGCGUUUAUGCGUCCAUCUACACCUAUUCGCCAGAACUGUUCCCUACGGUGAUCCGAAACACUGCGAUGGGCUGCUGCAGUACAAUCGCUCGUAUUGGAGCGAUUUCGGCCAGCUAUAUCAGCCUGUGGAUUGUGGAAGCAUUUGGCAAAGUGUACAUGGUAGUGCCAUUCGCCAUAAUGGCAAUAUCAGCUGGCAUACUGACACUGUGCUUCCUGCCAGAGACGAUGGGUCAACCCUUGCCUGAAACGAUUCAGGAAGUCGAAGGCAAAGGUCUCGGUGAAUCACAGGAGUUACAGCCCCUCCGGACGAAGGAGUCGAAUGAGCCCACAAAGGAGAAUUAG